AAGCUCUCUCUUAUAACUACUAGCUGCACUAUGUCAUCCAGAAACCGCACUUCCUUGGCUUGUUUGCUUUUGCUCCUCUUCUCGGCUUCUUUGCUUUCACAUGUUGCGUCGCGCUUGCUCUCCGAAAACUCCAGCUAUGAAAGCCACGAGCAAUGGAUGGCUCGCUAUGGACGCACAUACAAGGAUGCUGCUGAGAAGGAACGGCGUUCAAAGAUUUUCCAUGACAACGUCCAGUACAUACAGUCAUUCAACAACGCGAUGAACAAAGGUUACAAACUAGCAGUCAACGAGUUUGCGGACCUUACCAAUGAAGAGUUCAGAACAGCUAGGAACAGAUUCAAGGCACAUGAAUGCUCCCCUUCAACCUCUGCUUUCAGGUAUGAAAAUGUUACAGUGGUUCGAUCAUCGAUGGAUUGGAGAAAGAAAGGUGCAGUGACGCCUGUUAAAGACCAAGGCCAAUGUGGGUGUUGCUGGGCGUUUUCGGCUGUGGCAGCUAUGGAAGGAAUAACCCAACUGAAAACAGGUAAACUGGUGUCUCUAUCUGAACAAGAGCUUGUGGACUGUGACACUAGCGGUGUAGAUCAGGGAUGCGAGGGUGGUCUUAUGGACAAUGCCUUUGAUUUUAUCGUAAACAAUAAAGGCCUCACUACGGAGACCAACUACCCGUACAAAGGUGUUGAUGGCACCUGCAACAGCAACGAGGCAUCUAACCAUGCCGCAGCAAUUACUGGUCACGAAGAUGUUCCUGCCAACAGUGAAAGUGCGCUGUUAAAAGCUGUGGCCAGUCAGCCCGUCUCAGUUGCUAUUGAUGCUAGUGGGUCAGACUUCCAGUUCUACUCCAGUGGUGUGUUUACAGGAGACUGUGGCACGGAACUGGACCAUGGUGUUACUGCGGUUGGUUAUGGGACUAGCGAUGACGGGACUAAGUAUUGGUUGGUGAAGAACUCAUGGGGAACAAGUUGGGGUCAAGAGGGGUACAUCAUGAUGCAAAGAGAUGUUGAGGCUAAAGAAGGUCUUUGCGGCAUUGCCAUGCAGGCUUCCUACCCCACUGCUUAAUUUGAGAAAGAGCAGAAGUAAUACUUAUGUAAUGUACAAUGUAUGUAUAUUAUGUACUCUUAAUUAUACAAGGAAUUGAAAAGGAAACUACACGUUAUAAAUUCCAACUUUUAUAAGCAAGGAAA